AUGAGAUUCGAUCACUUGAUAGAGAAACGUAAGAGGGUAGUUUUCUGGAAUCAUAGGAAAAGGAAGAGGAGGAGGGAAGUUUUACAAAGGAAAGGCAUUGAGGUUGAAAUAGACUCAUCGACUGGCUUCCUGAGGCUGCAUGGCUACGUUGGCGAGUUUUGCAUAGAUGGCAGAUUCUAUUUGCUUACAGAUCUUGCGUAUACGUCAAAUAUUUGCUGGAGAUUGAAACUGAGUUCGUCAAUGGUAAACCUCAAAGCCCCCGACCGUCCAAUUAUAUCUUAUAGACCUAUUCGACCCUCAGAUUUAGAGGUUCUUGAGAAUAUUCACGGUGAUCUAUUUCCUAUCAGGUAUGAGUCUGAAUUCUUCCGCAAUGCAGUCAAUGGUCAUGAUAUUGUGUGCUGGGGAGCUGUUGAUCGCAGUCGGCCCAAUGCUCAGAGCAAUGAGCUUAUUGGGUUUGUGACUGCCAGAAUUGUUUCAGCAAAAGAAAGUGAGGUAGAAGAUUUUAUCAGUUUUGACUCGUCAAAAUCAGACCAAACACUAAUAUACAUCUUGACGUUGGGAGUUGUAGAAUCUCAUAGAAAUCUUGGAAUUGCUAGUGCACUUAUCCACAAGGUCAUAAAAUAUGCCUCAAGUAUCCCAACUUGCAGAGCUGUAUAUCUACAUGUGAUUUCAUAUAAUAAUGCUGCCAUCCAUUUGUACCAGAAAAUGUCCUUCCAGUGUGUACGACGGUUGCACAAUUUUUACUUUAUCAAUGAGCAGCAUUAUGAUUCAUACCUGUUCAUCUACCAUGUAAAUGGUGGUCGAUCUCCUUGCUCGCCCCUAGAGCUUGGCAGGCAUUUGGUAACUUGUGUGAAGAGCAGAUUUAACUUAAUGGUUGCAAAGCUGUGGAGAAAUGAAGACAGGAAGAUUUCUAAAUGGCCUGCGAGCAAAGAAUCUAGUUACCUUCUCCCAAUGGUUCAAAAUAAGAGAAGUGUCACAGCUGAGUUCCCUGGCAUGGAGACGCGGCUGCUGGAUAAGUUAGCUGAUAUGUUGUAUAUUACAAGUUCUGUGUAG